AUGGAUUCCCUAAUUCACAAAUUAUUACAAUCUCAAAAACAAAUUCAAGCUGCAAUUUCAUACGAUCUGCAAACUUCAAAAGAAAUUGAAGUUGAUUCUGCAAUUGAUGUUGAUUUAAACAACGAUUCUAUGCAACAAACCCUAAAUUGCAGGCAAUGUGGCAAUAAUAUUGACCUAAAUUGCGAAAUCAAUGACAAUGCAAUGCAUCAAAACCUCAAUUCAGAUUCAUAUGAGAGUAGAGUUAUUCUCGAUGAAGAACAAAUCUCAGCUGAUGAAGUGCAAAUCUCGGUGGAUGAAGAGCAAAUCUCAGAGGAUGAAGAUUCAACUUCUGAAGUCAUUGAAACCAAUAUUGAUGUUGGGAGAACACUAUUAGGCAUCAGAACAAAAACCUUAGAAGAAAUGCAUGAGAUUUACAAAAAACAUGCAUCAAUUGUAGGAUUUUCAGUAAGGAAACAUACAGGUAGGACUAGGGAUAAAACUGGAAAAGUUAUUGUGGAGAAAUACUAUGUUUGUUCUACACAAGAUUGUAGAGCUUGUAUAAGAGUCAAGAUGAAUGAGGAUGGAUUGUUUGAAGUAGUACAACAUGUUUUGGUACAUAAUCAUGAACUCACAAGAAAACAAUGGCACUAUUUUCAUCGAUCUGAAAGAGAGAUGACAGAAGAAAAGGGACAAGUAAUAGAAAACUUGCAAAAGUCAGGACUUUCAGCUAUGGACUCAUAUCGAGCUAUGUGCAAUGAAGCUGGAGGUGAAGAAAACUUGGGACACACAAAGAAAGACCAUCUGAAUUAUUGGAAAAGGUUGAAAAUGAAAAAUAUUGAAGGUGGUGAUGCACAAGCAGUCUCUGAAAUAAUGUACCAGGAACUUGCUAAUGAUCCUGAAUUUUUCUUUAGAUUUAGAUUGAAUAAAGAAGGCAAGUUAAGAGCACUAUUUUGGAGAGACUCGAUGAUGAGAGAAGAUUAUAGUAUUUAUGGAGAUGUUGUAGUGUUUGACACUACAUACAGGACAAAUAGAUACAAUUUGAUAUGUGCUCCUAUUGUUGGAAUUAAUAACCACUGGAAAAAUUGCAUGUUUGGUUGUGCUUUUAUUGGAGAUGAGAAAAUUGAAUCAUUUGUAUGGAUUCUUGAGACAUUCAAAAAGUCAAUGAGAGGGAAAUGCCCAAUCUCAAUCUUCACAGACCAAGAUCAAGCAAUGUGCUCUGCAAUAAAGAAGGUCUUUCCAGAGGUCAGACAUAGAUUAUGUAUAUGGCAUUUGGAACAAAAUGCUAUGACAAGAUUUGGAUCAUUGAAACGAGACAAGGAUUUUAAGAGAACAUUCUCCUACUGUUUGAAACGAUGUGUAACUGAAGUUGAGUUUGAAACUGAAUGGAACUCAAUGAUUGAGAAGUAUAAUUUACAAGAAGAUAGUUGGUUCCAAAGAAUUUAUGAUCUAAAAGAAAAGUGGUGUCCAGCUCUAAGCAAAGACUUCUUCUCAGCUGGUAUCCUCUCUUCCCAACGAAGUGAAAGUACCAAUCAUGCAAUUGGGUUUAGAGCAAAUAGAUCAACAAGCUUGACUGAAUUCUAUAGCAUUUUCAAAGCUUGUAUACAGCGUUGGAGAAGCACAGAAAAACAUGAUGAGUUCUCGUGUAGUAAAUCAACUGCAUCAUCAGCAAUACCAUUAUCUGGUUUGCUGGAACAUGCAUCAGAAUUCUACACUUUGUCUUUAUUCACAGAUUUUGAAGAAGAAUUUGGGUAUUCCAUUGCAACUACCACAAAAUUGCUUUGGCAAAAUGGUAGUACCUUGUUCUAUUUAGUGGCAAUUGAAAGUGAACCUUGGUCGCAACAAAAAGUCACUUUUGAAUCUAAUAGCAACCAAGUUAAAUGCACUUGCAAGAACUUUGAAGCUUCUGGAUGGUUAUGCUACCACUGCAUCAGAAUAUUACACUUACAUUCAGUGAUGAGAAUACCAGAUCAAUAUAUAAAGAAGAGAUGGACAAAGUUUGCAAAAUCAUCAAUUUGGGAAAGACAUGACAAUGAAGAACCUGAACAACAUCAAUACACACCUUGGCGUCAAACCAUGGCUAGAAAAUUCUAUAAUCUAAUAUUGAAAAGUCAAUUGAAUGAAGAGGCGAGAACCCUUAUCGAGGACAUUUAUGCUGUUAGCCUUUCUCUUGUUGAAGAACUACUAACAACCAUCAAUAACACUACUGAAGCAGAGACUAACCAAGCUACUGAAGUAGAGACCAACCAAGCUACUGAAGCAGAGACUAACCAAGCUACUGAAGCAGAAACCAACAAAGAUACUGAAGCAGAGACUAACCAAGCUACUGAAGCAGAGACUAACCAAGCUACAUCAUUAAGUACAUCAACUGAUGCACCUCUUAUAUUAGAUCCUGAGCGUACAACAACAAAAGGAAGGAACAAAAGGUCACGAGGACCACUGGAGAAGAAAAGAAAGAAGACUGCAGUACCACCACUUGAGUUUGGAGCUAUAACCCCUAAUUUGAGACUAUUUUGA